AUUUACGUAUAUUCCAUUCCAUGUGCCCUCCCACAUAAGAUGCCAGACACCACUCCUCUGCAUGCUUUCCCUUCCAACCCCGCCCAAUCCCAUCCCACCAUCACUCCACUCUACUCAUCUCUCCCUGCUUUCCCGCACCAUCAUCCUCCCACGCAACCUUAUUUCUCCCUACUUUAUUCCCCAUAAACUUUCCAUCACGACCCGAUCCUUUCUUUCCUUAUUUACUCCAAAACCCACUCCCAGUACUCAUCGUCCUCAUCGUCCUCGGACUCUCGGACUCAUCUCAUGGCAAUCCCAGUGAGUGCUACGGACCCCCAAACCCACCAAGUGGAGGAGAAGCAUGUCUACUCGGUGUGGGCGGUGCCGCCGGACGACGUUGCAGCCAGGCUCAAGAAGCUGAUGGAGGACCUCCGGUCCGAGUUCGGUGGGCCACAGUUCGAGCCCCACAUCACCGUCGUCGGAGCCAUCAGUUUGACGCCGGACGAUGCGCUUAGCAAGUUCAGGACAGCGUGCGAUGGCCUCAAGGCCUACACUGCCACCGUUGAUCGUGUGGCCACGGGGACCUUCUUCUAUCAGUGUGUAUACGUCCUCAUUCAUCCAACGACUCAGGUGGUGGAAACUAGCGCGCACUGCUCUGGCCAUUUUGGAUACAAGAGCUCUACUCCUUACAUGCCACAUCUGAGCCUCCUCUAUGGGGAUCUGACCGAUGAUGAGAAGAGCAGAGCUCAAGAAAAAGCCAGCAUUCUUGAUGAAAGCAUUAGCAGCCUGAGCUUCCCAGUAAGUCGCCUUGCAUUAUACAAAACAGACACCGAAGACAAAACUCUCAAAUCCUGGGAGAAAAUUGCCGAAAACAGCCUUAGCCCAAAUUAGCUUUAUGUCUUGUGUUUGUAGCAAGUGUAAUGGAGUGCCUCUGCCUUUGCGUUAGUUUGUAAUAAUGACAAUUGCCCCAUUGCCAGAGCACUGGUGUUCUUAUGCCUCGUCCCAUAUGGUCAAGUUGGCAAUAACUCUUGAGUGCCUUGUUUAUUGGGGCAGCUUUCAACGUACAGGUAACAUUGACAGAGAACAAUGUUGCUUA